UGUUUCUUGGUUUUGAAACAUUUCGGCCGUUUUUCAAGGCGGCGUACAAAUAAUACGUGCACUUGGAUGCACCGGAUUUCAUGUCGGCCUUCCGAUGAAAGGCGGCAUCUCGGCAGAGCAACCUUUCCAAGCGCGUCCUUCCUUUAUCCAUUCCUCGCCAACGCAAGAACCAAGAACAGCGCUCGCGCGGAUUACGAGGCGGGAGAUUUGGCGGCAAAUCGCCGCGCGAGUUCAUCCAUGUCCACCUCCACCCCGUAAAAACAAAUUCAGGGUUAAGCUGGAUGAAUGGAUGAGCUGUCCAAGGAGCAGAUCGACGAGUUCCGGGCGGCCUUCAACCUCUUCGACAAGGAUGGCGACGGGACGAUCACGACCAAGGAGCUCGGCACGGUGAUGCGGUCGCUGGGGCAGCGCCCGUCGGAGGAGGAGCUGCGGGAGAUGAUCGCGGAGGUGGACACGGACGGCAACGGCGUCGUGGAUUUCUCCGAGUUCCUGACCCUCCUCGACCGCAAGAUGCGCGGCGCCGAGGACGAGCUCCGCGAGGCCUUCCGCGUCUUCGACCAGGACAAGAACGGCUUCAUCUCGCUGGACGAGUUCCGGCACGUCAUGGUCAAGCUCGGCGAGCGCCUCUCCGACGAGGAGGUCGCGGAGAUGCUCCGCGAGGCCGACCUCGACGGCGACGGGCAGAUCAACUACUCCGAGUUCGCCAGGGUCAUGACGGCCAAAAUGGACUCGACGGCGACGGGAUCAAAACCAUCGGCGCCGCCGCUCUUCAAGAAUGGACUCCGGGUCUGCCGCUACCUUCUGGCCUUCCGGAUCAUGCAGAUCGGCCGGAGUAAUAAACGAGGACGGCGGAAGUCACAGGAAAACAGCCGUGAGAUGGUAGGGCGGAAGUCACAGCAAAACAGUCGUGAGAUGGUAGGAGAGAAGACCGGCGGCGAUGCCGAUCCCCCGCCGGACCAAGGAAACAAGGACAAACGAGGAAGCUGCAUCCCCUCAUGUAUCAUCCUCUGAAACUUCAGGUUUUUUGUUUCACCCUUCAGUUCUGAUUUACAGCUCAAGGAACAAGUGUAUGUAACAAGGCAAAAACAAGAAAUUAACUCCAUGGUCUCACAAUUUACAAUGGG